CCCUAUUGAAUUAGAAAAAUUAAAACGUGAUCUAUCACAUGAUCGAAGAUGGCAGUUAACAUAUGCGCAGAUCUAUAAAAUGUUGGAAUAUUACGAGGAAGUCUCUGGAUGUUAUAUUAUCAGACCAUUGGCUUAUAAUAUUUGGCAAGAAAUUCAAAACUUAUUUUUAUUACUUUUAAUGAUAGAUUUUUUUGAUUCCGAAAUUAAAAAGUUGGGGGUUGAAGAUACAUAUUUUCCAAUGUUUGUUUCGCAACGACAAUUGGAAAGAGAAAAGGAUCAUAUCGAAGGUUUUGCCCCGGAAGUAGCUUGGGUUACUAAAGCAACUCGUGAAUUUUUGUGGCAGGAGGGUCACACUGCUCAUUUUACUAAAGAAGAAGCUGAUGCUGAAGUUCGUCAAAUACUUGAGCUUUAUCGGCAGGUAUAUGAGGAUUUAUUAGCUGUUCCUGUUAUCAAGGGUCUCAAAUCUGAAAAGGAAAAAUUUGCCGGCGGACUUUACACUACUACUAUUGAGGGUUUUAUUCCAACUACGGGGCGUGGAAUUCAAGCUGCAACUUCUCACUGUUUGGGUCAAAAUUUUGCUAAAAUGUUUGAUAUUGUAGUUGAAGAUCCUAAUGCUCCUGCGAACUCUGAAAACAAGGCAAAGAAACUUCAUGUAUGGCAAAAUUCUUGGGGUUUAACAACUCGAAGUAUCGGUGUAAUGGUUAUGAUUCAUGAUGAUGAUAAAGGUUUGGUGUUGCCUCCACGGAUCGCCUCUAUUCAAGUCAUUGUUAUUCCUUGCGGUUUAACUGUAAAGACAUCUGAAGAGGAUAAGAAACGCGUAGAAGAAAAAAUUAACGACGUAGUGAAGGAAUUGAAUUCUGUUGGGAUAAAGGCGAAAGCCGAUCUCAGGGAUACCUAUACUCCAGGGUACAAGUUUAAUCAUUGGGAAUUGAGGGGUGUUCCGCUUCGAUUAGAGAUUGGACCCCGCGAUUUAACAAAAAACCAAACUCUUUCUGUUCGCCGUGAUAAUGGUGUUAAGGAUCCUAUUCCAUUAGAUAAGCUUACAACCUGUGUUCCAGAUAUACUUAAUACGAUCCAAAAGGACAUGUUUGAAAGAGCAAAAAAAAUAUAUGACGACCAUGUUAAAGUUAUACAUAAGUGGGAGGAUUUUGUUCCAGCUCUCGAUAGUAAAAACGUUGUACUUGUUCCUUGGUGUGAACAAGAACAUUGUGAAGAUAAAAUCAAAGAAAAAAAACCUGAAGACGAUAAAGCUCCAUCAAUGGGUGCCAAAUCACUUUGCAUUCCCUUUGAACAACCAACCGAACCUCCUAUCGUGCCUAACGAAACAAAAUGUAUAUCUUGCGACGGAUUUGCAAAAAGAUAUGCAUUAUUUGGCAGAAGUUAUUAA